AAUAAUUAUUAUAAAGGAAACAUCAAUGGGUUGGAGGUUGGGUUGACUCUACCUGUCUUUUCAUUUUCCUGGACAGAGACCAGCUCUUCAAGUCUCAGUUAAGGUGUAACAACCAACUCUCAAAAGACUAUGGAUCUCUCAACCAGCUCCCGCACAGCCGACGAAGAAACCCUUCUACUAAACGACACUGUCGACGGCGUCGUUGACCACAAAGGCCAUCCUGUUCUGAGAUUUACUUCAGGCGGUUGGAGGUCGGCGGGUUUUAUCAUAGGUGUGGAGGUAGCUGAGAGAUUCGCUUACUAUGGGAUAGAAUCCAACCUCAUAAGCUAUUUGACCGGACCACUGGGACAGUCAACGGCCUCGGCAGCCGCCAAUGUCAAUGCAUGGGCCGGAGUGUCGUCGUUGCUUCCCUUGUUUGGAGCUUUUGUGGCCGAUUCUUUUCUUGGCCGCUACCGCACCAUUAUUGUUGCCAACUUGCUCUAUAUUAUGGGACUGGGUUUGCUGUCUCUCUCUGCCAUACUGCCUACUGCUGGUGCUUCUGGCUGCCAAACCAACAGAACGUUGCCAUGUUUGCCUUCUCAAAUCCAAUUAAUCGUAUUCUUUUUCUCACUGUAUCUAGUUGCAAUUGCACAGAGUGGACACAAGCCCUGUGUUCAGGCUUUUGGAGCUGAUCAGUUUGAUGGACAAGAUCCACAGGAGUGCAAAGCCAGAAGUUCAUUCUUUAAUUGGUGGUAUUUUGGUAUAUGUGGGGGUUCAUUAGGCACAGUAUUGAUUGUAAGCUAUGUACAAGAAAACAUCAGUUGGGCUUUGGGGUUUGGAAUCCCCUGUAUUGCAAUGGUUCUCGGGCUGUUUGUAUUUUUGCUUGGAACUAAAACAUAUAGGUAUACUGUUAUGAGGGAUGAGAAAAACCCGUUUUUGCGUAUUGGUAGGGUGUUAAUAGCAGCAUUCUCAAACCGGGGAACAUCCCCAUCACUAGAAGCCACUAAAGAGGGAAACUUGCCUCACCAAAGCCAUGAACAAUUCAAGUUUCUUAACAAAGCCUUGCUGUCACCAGAUGGCUUAAACCAAGAUGGGAGAGUAUUCGGUGUUGUUGAUGUUGAAGAAGCAAAGGCUGUGCUUCGACUUGUUCCAAUUUGGGGAACGUGCUUGGUGUAUGGCAUCGUGUUUGCACAGGUGCCUACCUUCUUCACCAAGCAAGGAGCAACAAUGCAGAGAACCAUAUGGCCAGGCUUUGACAUACCACCUGCUUCACUUCAAUCCGUCGUUUCUCUUGCCAUUUUUUUCGUCAUCCCCAUUUAUGACCGUGGCAUUGUUCCAGUUGCCAGAGCUUUCACCGGCAGACCAUCUGGUAUAACAAUGCUACAGAGAAUAGGUACUGGUAUGUUUUUAUCUGCUCUCUCCGUGGUCAUUGCAGCUCUCGUUGAGAUUAAAAGGCUCAAAACUGCUAAAGACUACGAUCUAGUUGAUUCUCCUGGUGUAACAAUUCCAAUGAGCGUGUGGUGGUUGGUACCUCAGUACCUCUUACAAGGAGUCUCUGAUGUUUUCACCAUGGUUGGUCUUCAAGAGUUCUUCUAUGAUCAGGUGCCAACAGAUUUAAGGAGUGUAGGACUUGCCCUUUACCUCAGUAUCUUUGGUGUGGGUAGUUUUCUCAGCAGCUUUCUUAUCUCCAUUAUUGAGGAGACAACUGGUGGGAAUGGCCGAGAUAGCUGGUUUUCAAAUAAUCUUAACCGCGCUCAUCUUGAUUUCUACUAUGGACUACUUGCGGGACUAAGUGCCGUAGCUUUCGCUCUCUACUUGUAUUUUGCAAGAUUUUACAUUUAUAAUAGAGCUCGCUUUGUGUAAACUCUACGCCACCUUAGUGUCUUUUUAAAAAAAGCAGCACUACUGAGGUGGAAUUUAAAACUACUGUACUAUGUAAUCUGCAAUUCUUGUUAUAAUGUAAUAGAUUAUAAUGCCA